UCCACUGAAGUCAUGGAAUUUCCAAACAGCCCUUCUCAUGCUCUCCUCAUUGCUUUGCCCCCCCCAUCUGUCGUUGGUGGCCUAAGCAUUUACAAUUACAACCCUUUUCAUAUGUUAGCCACCGAUUUCUACUUCAACGGUCGAAUUUUGCAAAUGUGUCAUGAAUGUUGUGGAUGAGGCAUCACCCUCCCACCAUAGCAAUUGCAGCCAGAGGUGCCUGAUCUUGCCUUGCAGAAGUGGGAAAUGACAUAAGAAAAAUGUAUUUAAAACGCCCACCCAUCAACCUCUCUCUCUCUCUCUCUCUCUCUGUUGCACACACAGGUUCUUGCUAAUGCAGGAGGGAAUAUAAUGGCAGAAAAGAUAGAAGAAAUCCAUUCCAGAAGCUGUGAAUGUUCACCAACUCCAAGCACACCAAUGGGUACUCCUCUGAGAAAGGUGUUGGAUAGGAUAUCUGGUUUUGCCACUCCUUGGAAAAGGGGCGGCACAGCUCCACGCUGUCGAAGAAUCUUUCACAGGGAUGUUGAACGGGAAGAGUUCCAGCAUGCUAGUACUCAUUGUCUCUCCUCUUACUACAGUGUCUUCGUGGCUCGCCUUGCUAUCAUGGUCAUGCUAGCCAUUUUAAUUGGGCUGCUAACCAUAUUGACAUGGCAUUUUACAAAGAGCUACACAACUAGGUCACUGAAUGGAUUAGCAUAUGGCCUUCGUAAUGAGCUUCUACAGCGUCCGAUUGUACGGAUGUGGAACAUCUUAAAUUCAACUUCUGAGAUAACAACAGCCCAGCUUAAGCUGUCAGAGUAUGUGUUCAGACGGUACAACAACCCUGAUACUCAAGCAGAACAAGUUGAGCUGUAUGAAGCAAUGAGGGAUGUAACAUGGGCACUAUUUGCGAGUCGUAAAGCUCUCAAUGCAAUAACUAUCAAUUACAGAAAUGGUUUUGUCCAAGCAUUUCAUAGAGAUCACAGGAGUAACAAUACAUUCUACAUCUACUCUGAUCUUGUAAACUAUUCAAUCAGUGCAAGCAGGUCUUAUGAUAUCAAUAUGCUGUCAGAACAUCAAGGUUGGAAAGAUCAAUCCAUACACGGUAACGUUUCUGCAAUUUGGUAUCAGGAACCCCUUGAUCCCGUCACUGGUGAGAAGAUGGGAAAAGCAAAGCCAAUCCCACCAGAUGAUCAAAUCAAUAUUGCAGGCCUUGAACAAGUACCUGAUGGUGUAGCAUCAUGGCAUGUGGCAGUAAGCAAAUACACAGAUUCACCCUUGCUUUCAGCAGCACUGCCAGUCUGGGACCCUUCAAAUAAAAGUAUAGUAGCUGUUGUGGGUGUUACUACAGCACUUUAUAGUGUAGGCCAGCUUAUGAAGGAGCUUGUUGAAGUCCACAGUGGGCAUAUAUACUUGACAUCCCAAGAGGGUUAUUUACUUGCUACUUCCACAAAUGCUUCACUUGUGACAAAUUCAACAAAGGGACCCAAGCUUAUGAUGGCUGUUGAUUCAGAGGAUCAUAUAAUACAAAUGGGAGCUCGGUGGUUGCAGAGAGCCUAUGGCAACAACUUCUCUCAAAGUAAUGAGAUUCAUGCAGAGAGUGCCAGGCUUGGCCGCGAGCAGUAUUACAUAGACUCAUUUUUCCUAAAACUAAAGAGGCUUCCUUUGGUGGGGGUCAUCAUCAUUCCAAGAAAAAAUAUAAUGGGGAAGGUAGAUGAGAGAGCUUUCAAAACGCUGGUUAUAUUGAUAUCUGCAUCUUUAUGUAUCCUAUUCAUUGGAUGUAUCUGCAUUUUCAUACUGACAAAUGGGGUGUCUAAGGAAAUGAAACUAAGAGCAGAACUGAUAAGCCAUCUUGAUGCAAGAAGAAGGGCAGAGGCAUCCAGCAACUAUAAAAGCCAAUUUCUAGCAAACAUGAGUCAUGAACUGAGGACACCUAUGGCUGCAGUAAUUGGGCUGCUGGACAUUCUCAUAUGUGAUGAUUGCCUCACAAAUGAGCAAUAUGGGACUGUCACACAGAUUAGAAAAUGCUCAACAGCUCUACUCCGGCUUCUUAACAAUAUAUUGGAUUUGAGCAAGGUUGAAUCUGGAAAACUGGUGCUGGAAGAAGCUGAGUUUGACUUGGGGCGAGAACUCGAAGGACUUGUUGAUAUGUUCUCUGUGCAAUGCAUUAACCACAAUGUGGAAACUGUUCUAGAUCUCUCUGAUGAUAUGCCAAAAUUAGUUCGAGGAGACUCUGCCAGAGUUGUUCAAAUAUUUGCAAAUCUAAUCAGCAAUUCUCUCAAGUUUACAACAUCUGGUCAUGUCAUCCUCCGAGGAUGGUGUGAGAACUCAAAUAAUUCUUUCAUUGAUACUGGGAAGUUUGCUCUCGAUCAGAAGAAAUCAUGGCCUACACAUAAGGCAAAAUUGAAGCGACAGGGAAGCCAUAUGAAGAAGGCCUCCAAGAAAGAAAACAAAAUGAUACUUCAGUUUGAAGUUGAUGACACUGGCUGUGGAAUUGAUCCAAGCAAAUGGGAGUCUGUAUUUGAAAGCUUUGAGCAAGCUGACCCCUCCACAACACGAACGCAUGGUGGCACUGGUCUUGGACUAUGCAUCGUACGGACCUUGGUUAACAAGAUGGGUGGAGAAAUCAAGGUUGUAAAGAAGGAUGGUCCAGGAACUCUAAUGCGACUAUACUUGCUUCUCAGUGCACCUGUAGAUGGCAUAGAACAAUAUCAAGUAGAUUUUUCGAAGCAUAGUUUAGUAGCGCUGCUUGCACUACGCGGCGGCAUGGGUAGAUUGAUUAUGUCUCAAUGGUUACAUAAAAUUGGAGUGUUCACCAUUGAAGCAUCGGAAUGGAAUGAACUGACACAGAUUCUUCGGGAACUCUUCAGUGCUAGAAUUUCAGUUCGUAAUAAUGGUUUUGAUGCACAGUGUUCACUGAGCGAACAUUUGAAGACUAAAUUACAGAACAUACAAGAAAUGAGGAACCCAGUAUUCGUGAUAGUUGUUGAUAUAGGGCUACUUGACUUGAGCACAGAUAUAUGGAAGGAACAGCUUAACUUUCUUGACAAUUUCUUUGGGAAAGCAAAGUUUGCUUGGAUGCUUAAUCAUGAUACAAGCAAUGCCAUAAAGAUGGAGCUCCGCAGUAAAGGGCAUAUAUUGAUGGUGAAUUUGCCACUUUACAAGUCAAAGAUGAUUCACAUACUGGAAGCUGUCAUAAAGGAGAGAAAUGUUGAACUGCAGAAAAAGAAUUUGAAUGGUCUGAGAACUACCAAAGAAGGUGAUCUGCAUGAAUGUCUUGAGAUUGAUGCCACCCACUUUGACAUUGCCAGCUCUGAUGAUUCUGAUACGUCUGAAAUGGCAAGUUCUAAUUCUGUGGGUGGAGGGGACAAACGAAGAGAGAGGACUAGAAAGCCUUGUUCUUCUGGAUACCAGAAAAUUAACAACUGCUUAGUUGAACUCACUUGCACACACUCAAAAGAAAACUAUCUAACAGAAAGAGAUCCAUGUCAUGUCAGGCCCAACUCCCAUGAUGUUGAAGAUGAAGAAGCUUCCCUUUCUGCAGAACCUCAAGGUGAUAAUGCUGAAUGCCGGGAACGACAUUUGGGUAGCAGCCGGCUUACACUGCAAGGUAAUUUAUAUUCAAAUAAAGCUGUGAAUGAACAGAAAUCUCUUGAAGGCCUACGCAUACUGCUUGCAGAAGAUACCCCAGUGCUUCAGAGAGUUGCAACCAUAAUGCUGGAAAAAAUGGGGGCUACAGUUAUUGCUGUGGGAGAUGGACUUCAGGCAGUAGAUGCUCUUAAUUGCAUGCUUAGUGCAGAAGAUUGUGGAAGAGGAUCUCUCUUUGAAGAUAGAAACACAAGAUCACAAGCAGAAAUCAGGGAUUCCCCUCCAUAUGACUUGAUCCUAAUGGAUUGCCAAAUGCCAAAGAUGGAUGGUUAUGAAGCAACAAAAGUAAUCAGGAAAUCAGAAGCAGGAACCGAGUUGCACAUUCCCAUUGUUGCGCUGACAGCCCAUGCAAUGUCAUCGGAUGAAGCCAAAUGCUUGGAGGUGGGCAUGGAUGCUUAUCUAACAAAACCAAUUGACUACAAGCUGAUGGUGUCCACCAUUCUUUCACUCACUAAAACAACUGCCUAACUUUCACACAGCUAACAAUCCAAUGGCUUAUGCAGCCUUGGGGAUGUAAGAUUCGAUAGCAGCACACAGAAAAUGCAGUUUUAUUUCCUGCGUUACUAUGAAAUAAUAUAUAUAUAUAUAUAUAUAUAUAUAUAUAUAUAUAUUAUAGAGAGAGAGAGAGAGAGAGAGAGAGAGUUUUCCUAUAGAGUUUUAUUGCCUGCAUUAUUGGAUGCACUAUGCUUGAUUACCUGACUCUACAAUCAAUGUAAUUCGGAAAAAUAUGUCAGAUAAUAUCUGUAUACACUACAACAUUACAUGUAAGCCUGAAACAUAAGGUGUGUGAAUGGAUCAUGGAGCAGAAAAACAAGGUGGUGUUAUUUC